AGAACGCACUUGUGUGGUGUAACAGGGACUUGCUGUGUAUCUGUAAUUUAAUGGCUGUAACCACACUGUACAAUAAUUUGAAGUUAUCAGUCGUACAUAAUGAGAUGCAAACGAUCCGAUGAAAUGGCCAUCUUAUUAAUAAUGUACAGAAGAGAAGCAAUGCUGCUCCUGAUUUCUGAGUGAGAAAUUCUACACAGCCAAAUAAUGACCUUAUCAGAUUUUCUGGGAGCUUUGAAGGACAACCCCUAUUUUGGGGCUGGUUUUGGGCUAGUUGGUGUGGGCACAGCACUUGCACUUGCAAGAAAGGGGGCACAGAUUGGCAUGGUCUUCUUCAGGCGACAUUAUAUGAUCACCCUGGAGGUUCCCAGCAGAGAUAAGAGUUACCACUGGUUGUUGAGCUGGAUUACCAAACAUGCCAAGCAUACGCAGCAUCUCAGUGUGGAGACCUCAUACAUGCAGCAUGAGAGCGGACGGGUCCGCACACAGUUUGAUUUCCACCCAAGUCCUGGAAAUCACAUAAUUUGGUAUGGCAGAACAUGGAUAAGAGUGGAGAGGACCAGAGAGAAGCAGAUGGUGGAUCUGCACACAGGAACACCAUGGGAGUCUGUCACCUUUACAGCCUUUGGCAGAAACCGGCAAAUUUUCUUCAACAUACUGCAGGAAGCACGAGAGCUGGCUCUGAAGCAGGAAGAAGGCCGCACUGUGAUGUACACUGCUAUGGGUGCGGAGUGGAGGCCUUUCGGCUUCCCCCGUCGUCGACGCCCUUUGUCCUCUGUCGUCCUGGAGAAUGGAGUAGCUGAGAGGAUUGUGGAAGAUGUGAAGGAAUUUAUUAGUAAUCCAAAGUGGUAUACUGACAGAGGGAUCCCAUACAGAAGGGGAUAUUUAUUGUAUGGCCCUCCGGGUUGUGGAAAGAGCAGCUUCAUCACGGCCCUCGCUGGCGAGUUGGGUUACAGUAUCUGUUUGAUGAGUCUGAGUGACCGUAGUCUUUCUGAUGACCGACUGAAUCACCUGCUGAGUGUGGCACCACAGCAGAGCAUCAUUCUGCUGGAGGAUGUGGAUGCUGCCUUUGUCAGCCGAGACCUGCUGCCAACUGAGAACCCAAUGGCCUACCAGGGCAUGGGGAGGCUCACCUUUAGCGGACUUCUUAACGCACUGGAUGGAGUUGCUUCUUCAGAAGCUAGAAUAGUCUUCAUGACUACUAAUUUUAUUGAGAGACUUGAUCCAGCUCUAAUAAGACCUGGUCGUGUGGAUCUGAAGCAGUAUGUUGGAUAUUGUACACAUUAUCAGCUCACUCACAUGUUCCAGAGGUUCUUCCCACUGGAGUCUGCAGCUGAAGGGGAAAGAUUCGCAGCACAUUCCUUGGCAGCACACACAGAACUCAGCGCGGCUCAAGUUCAGGGACAUUUCAUGCUUUAUAAAAUGGACCCUGCUGGUGCUAUAGAUAAUGUUGCAAAGAUUUCAAAAUGAGGAUCAUUGAAGGGCAACAACAUGAACUACAAAUUAAAUAGUGUGUAAAAUGGACAAAGUAGACUUCAUUUGAUGUCAAACGGGAAGUGAAUUCUGAUGGUUUGUGACCAUUUUGACAACAUGCACAAUAUUUGAAAUAAAAAAACGAAAGCUGUGAAAUUCUUAACUCUUA